AUGGCUUCAAUUCUUCGGUUUAGAAAGCUAUGUUAUGUGGAGCCUGUGAAAUAUCGAUGUUUUAAGCCCCAAAAAUUUGACAAGAAAAAAGAAACUGUUGCCACUGAGGCCCAAACUGCCUUAGAAAACAAUAAGGAGAGGAGUAAAUUACAACCAAAGGAAUGGAGGUGUAUAGACUCUUGUUGUUGGAUAAUUGGGUACAUGUGCACUACUUGGUGGCUUCUCUUAGUCUUGUUUAACUGUUUGCCAGCCACAUUGCCUGGCUUUCAGGUCCCUGAGUCACCUGGAACAAGACUUAAACGUGAAGGCUUGACAGCUCUUCAUCCAGUUAUUUUGAUGCCUGGCAUUGUCACUGGAGGGCUAGAGCUGUGGGAGGGCAAGCCUUGUGCAGAAGGUCUUUUUCGAAAGCGACUUUGGGGUGGUAGCUUCACUGAGGUAUUCAAAAGGCCUUUGUGUUUGUUGGAGCAUUUGUCUUUGCACAAUGAGACUGGUCUUGACCCUCCAGACAUUCGACUACGUGCAGUGCCAGGGCUGGUUGCAGCUGACUAUUUUGCUCCAGGGUACUUUGUUUGGGCCGUUCUCAUUGAGAAUUUGGCAAAAAUUGGUUAUGAAGAUAAGAAUAUGCACAUGGCAGCAUAUGAUUGGAGACUUUCUUUCCAAAAUACAGAGAUUCGGGACCAGACACUUAGUAGAUUGAAGAGUCAAAUAGAGCUUAUGUAUGUAACAAAUGGCUAUAAGAAAGUGGUAGUGGUGCCCCAUUCCAUGGGGGUUAUCUAUUUUCUUCACUUCCUUAAAUGGGUUGAAACACCUCGUCCAAUGGGAGGCGAUGGUGGUCCAGGUUGGUGUGCAAAGCACAUAAAGGCAAUCAUGAAUAUCGGUCCAGCAUUUCUUGGUGUUCCAAAGGCAGUCAGUAUUCUGUUCUCUGCCGAAGCCAAAGAUGUGGCAUCUAUCAGAGCUAUGGAUCCAGGUUUUUUGGAUUCUGAGAUUCUCGGACUUCAAACCUUGGAGCAUGUCAUGCGGGUGAGUCGAACAUGGGAUUCUAUCGCGUCAUUGUUACCUAAAGGAGGAGAGACUAUCUGGGGUAAUUUGGAUUGGUCUCCUGAAGAAGGGCAUGCUUGUGAUUUAUCAAAGAAAAGAUACCUGCAAGCUUCUGUAGGUGACAAGGAAACGAAUGGCAGUGAUGUGAAGAUGGGUUUUCAUGUGAAAGAAUCAGACAAAUAUGGAAGAAUCAUUUCUUUUGGAAAGGAAACAUUGAAAUUAUUAUCCUCACAGCUUCCCUCUGUUGAUACAAAGGAAUUUUUGGGCACAAGAACCAACAAGAACACUAACUCAUCAUGUGGAGGAGAGGUUUGGACUGAAUAUGAUAAGAUGAGUAGGGACAGCAUCCGAAAGAUUGCAGAAAAUAAACCUUAUACAGCCAAAACUGUUCUUGAUUUACUCCGCUUCGUGGCACCGAAAAUGAUGCAACGUGUUGAGAGUCAUUUAUCUCAUGGGAUAGCAGACAAUCUUGAUGAUCCUAAAUAUGCUCAUUACAAGUACUGGUCUAACCCUCUAGAGACCAAAUUACCUGAUGCACCAGAUAUGGAGAUAUUCUGCUCAUAUGGUGUUGGAAUCCCUACCGAAAGAUCAUAUGUAUACAAGCUAUCACCAACGGAUAGGUGCAAGAGCAUUCCAUUCCGGAUUGAUAGCUCAGUUGAUGGAGAUAAGGACAGUUGCUUGAGGGGUGGAGUAUACUUAACAGAUGGUGAUGAGAGUGUGCCAGUUAUAAGUGCUGGCUUCAUGUGUGCAAAGGGGUGGAGAGGAAGAACCCGGUUCAAUCCAUCUGGCAGCGCUACGUACAUAAGAGAGUAUCGGCACAAGGCACCAGCUAGCCUCCUUGAAGGAAGGGGUGUGGAGAGUGGAGCACAUGUGGACAUCAUGGGAAAUUUUGCUUUUAUUGAAGAUGUACUUAGAGUUGCCACUGGAGCCACUGGUGCCGAAAUUGGGGGUGAUAAGGUUUAUUCAGAUAUCUUCAGAAUGGCUGAUAGAAUAAAUCUUCGGCUAUGA